ACACGAUGGCUGAAGAAUUUACCGUCAUACCAUUGAAAUUCGAGGAGAAUGACGUCCAUUGUCAUCAAAUUUUGGUAAAAGAAAACAUUGCAAAGGGCUCGUCUAAACAGAAACCUGUCGGUAGAACGUUGUACGCGCUCAACAUUCCGCCGUAUGCGACGAAGGAAUCUCUUCGGCAGGCGUUUUCCGCGGGUGGCGAAGUGGAAAAUGUAAUUCUGCAGGACAAACCAUCUGUGAACGAGACAACUCCCGUCACCACACCAUUGCCCGGCAAUCUAUUUCAAUUCAAGAUUGCCUACAUCGUGUUCCAAGAUAAAAACUCGGUUAAAAAAGUGCUUAAAAAGCGAAUGGUUAAUCCACUGAACGCCAAUAAAACACUGCUGACGGGCAUCGACAAAUGGACAAAGGCGUACCAGGAGCGGAUCCCCGAUCCGGUGGCGAUGCAGGUUGAAAUUGAUCGGUACAUGAAGGCGUACGAUAAGCAAGUGGCAGCAGCGAAAUCUCAAAACCACCAAAAGCAGGAAAGCGGAUGGACGACAGUUUCGAAGAAAAACUCUGGUGUCUUUUCGCAGAAGCAGUCGGUAGUGAAAAAGUUGGAAAAGAAGCUGGACAAUGAUCGCAACACGAAGGAGUUGAAGAAUUUCUAUACUUUCCAAAUCCGCGAAUCGAAGAAGAAUGACAUCAUUAGUCUACGGAAAAAGUACGAUCGCGAUUUGAAGAAAAUGGAACGAAUCAAGAAGACGAAGCGUUUUAAACCUUACUGAAUGGAACGCAUAAAUAAA